UGGCAUAAAGCACCACACCGACGUAAUUAUUUUGCCAAAUGCUGGGAUAACUGUUCGUGUGUGAUUUUAGACAUCAUCCCAAAAUUGUCAAUUUCCAGGUAUUUUAAGCCCAGGUAUCUAGACUGAAACGAUCACUACGAAUCGUAUCUUCGUACUUGAGUGGGAUCCCAUUAUAAGGCAGGUCAACUCUAAUGAGGCGUCUUGGUGGUCAACUUCUUUCUGAUGUCCAGGCAACUGAUGAGUGGCCAUGAGCAGCCGCAAACGUCACAGUUCCAAUUCCAGCAGCCAGUCCGAUGACAGUUCCACCAGCUCCAGCUAUAGCUCCUCAGCGUCUGGCUCCUCCAGUGCCCAAGUCCCCAAGGCCUAUGCCCGCUUUGAGAAUGACAGCCAGCAGGUCCAGACUCUCGUCGACCGGGAAAAGGAGAGGAUUUAUCGUAAGAGGCCUUUCCCCGUCUCUCUGAGCAGUCGCAGUGAGUCUGAAUCUGAGCCCGAACCCAAAAUCCCAAAGGCCUACUUGAAGACCGAUGGAAGGCAGAGAGACGGAAAGGGACCAAAGAAGAGGCCCAGGCUUCCGUCCGAGUCAAGCAGCAGCAGGAACAGCAGUAGUGAGUCAUCCAGCUCCUCAAGUUCUAGUGACUCAGAGGAUGUUGAUACUCCCACAAAACAGCAAAGAACAGUUCCAUCUGCGAGGCGACAGGUGCAACGAUCUAGGCAGCAGCAUAACAGUCGGGGGGACAACUCGAACCGCCAUGGUGCGGAGGACGGCAGAGGGCAGCAUCAUCGGGAUGGGAAUUACAGGAGGGAGGCAUGGAGUCCAGAAGAUGGGCAGGGGAGGAGGCGACAAGAAGAGAAACACAUGCAGCGCUCUGAUGACACAAAGAAAUCAAAUCACAGAGAAACUCAUCAUGUUGAAUCAAGGUCUCGGCGACAUGAGGAGGCACAGGAGGAGAAUCGAUACACGAGACGGAGCGAGCAGGGACGGCCUAGAGUGGAGCAGGAUCACCGGAGGGAUCAACAUAGCCAGUCUGGUUCCAGACCAAGGAAUAACCACGAGGAAAGGUACAGUGAAAGAGAUAGGAGGCCCAGUGAGCGGGUGCGCGAGUCUUUGAGGGAGGAGCCUUUACAUGAGAGAUCUCUUUCCAAACGAAGGGAUGAGGAUUACAGAGGUGGCAGGAUGCCAAUUGAUUCAUCCAGACUUCUAGGAAGAGAGGAGCACUCGCAAUCCAGAAGCAAAUCGGGUUCCAGCAGAGAGAGGGAUUGCAGGAGAGAAAGGGAGGGAUGGGAAGUGUCGAGGACCAGGGGAGAUCGGGAAGAGUUGAGGGCCUCAGAGAAGGCCUCUCGAUCCCAUAGCACGACUGGGUCCAGUAGCAAAGAGCAAGAGCGACGGAGGGAAUGGGAGAGGCAGGAGGCUGCCCACACUGGGCUUGGGCGAGAGUACUUCAGCAAUGAGCGGGGCUGCUGGGAGUGGGAGCCACUCCCCGAACCCGAACAGAGGACAUCCAAACGGGCGGAAUCUCGGGCCACCACUCCAGAGCGACGCGGCAAUCGUGACCAGCGGACAGAAAGUUGCAGCCAGCAUCCCACCAGAUAUGACAUUCAAAUUGACGAGGGCGACAGUCGAAGGCGAGAGAGUUCACAUGCUGAUCACGUCAUUUCCAAGAGGAAUCACCCCCAGCCCUCACCUCCGAGGAUGAAAUCAGCCAACUCGGUCAAGAAGCGAAAGAAGAAAAAGCGAAGAGAUGCUGAAAAGGAAAAGGCAAGGCAAAGGCAGAAGGAGAAGAAACAGAGACGGAAGGAGAGGGCAGAGAAGAGGAAAGCAAGGAAGAAAGAGAAGGAACGUCGGGAAAAGAGUAGUGCACGAAGCAAAGGUGACAGGAGGGAAAAAGGAAGGAAAGAGGAGAGAGAUAGUAAGCCAGUAGGCCCUCAGAUCUCUAGCAUCCAGGCCAAACUUCUCAAUUUGGCAUCAGGAGUGAAUGAGCCUCCUCCGUCGCGAUCCAUGGCUCCAAUGACCAAGCAAGAAUAUGAACGCCAACAGAGCAGAACACGCCGUGUGUAUGAUGAAGACACUGGACGACACAGGCUUGUGCGAGGUGACGGAGAAAUAAUUGAAGAAAUUGUUAGCCGAGACAGACAUCGACAGAUAAACAAGCAAGCAACCAGAGGGGACGGCCUCUCUUUCCAGCGGAGCCUGGGCCUUCGCAGGUACUAGAAAGAGGGCCACUGCACUUUGGAGGUCUUCGCUGGUUGCUCGGAGGGGGAUUUGAAGGAGCAUUUCAGAUGUCAUUGGACGUAGGUCCACCUGCAUGUAGCCCUGUGCCAGUUUUGUUUCAUUGCAUCGGAAUGUAGGAGUAAAAAGGGAUAGAGCACAAGUAAGAAUUGACCGACAAAGGCUGGUCAUUGAGUUGCCCAUGGGCUGACCAUAGUUAUUAUUUCAUCUGUUUUAUUCUGAUGACCAUGCUCACAUGUAUAGGCCAUUGGCAUUCUCCACAUAAGUAUCUUGCGCCAAGUGCACGCCGUGGUAAACUUCUGUACAUACAAUGUACUUGGCUCUUGUAAAGAUGCAGAUUACAUCCUGAGAAUUUUUUGUCAGAGUAACUGAUUGCAAUUGAAUUGUUUUCCUUUAAAUGUGUUGUGUGCAUUCAGAUAGCAACAACAGCUGAUGAACUGUGAUUUGUUUUUCUCUGCAGUGUAUAUUCAGUUAUUCAGCAAUGUGAGAUUUCAAUUGCAGUUCGCUGAAAAAAAGUGCUAUUUGCCAUUAAUUCCUUAUUAAUUAAACAUCAUGCAUUGAUCUUGCGCAGGGUUAAGAAAGCAUCACAUCUUAGACUUCCUUAAAAGGGCUUUGUUCCACCCCACCUUUGCUUAUGUAGAGUGGUUCAUAAGAUGUAUGUAACACCCGUUUUUCUUCAGUUGAAAACAGUCAAUGUCCUCUUCUGGUAAAAGUUUGGAGUUACGCGGCAUUCAGACAUGAUCACCGAGGGUUACAUGUGCAUGUACCUUGCCUAUACCUUUGCAUUACAUUACUUAACUACAUCUUUGAUACUGAAAUCCUUAAGUUCAAAUACAUGUCUCACUGUAGAUUUUGUUGAAGUUGAGGGGCAAAGAUGUUAAAGGUGUUUACCCGAAAGCCGUUGUAUCUUUUAAUGGUUUGAUGGCCCUGGGAUUGAAUCGACAAAAGAAAGAUCAGAAUCAGUUGUUGAAAAGUGUUAAUCAAGCAACCCCUCGCAACACAGUGGGUUUUCAGAACUUGCCCGUCGAACGUGCGGCUCUUAACUUACAGUGUAGUACAUAUCAGUUGAAAUAGUUUCGUAGUUUAGGUUUUUGCAAUGUUAAAUGUAGGAUAUCUGUGUAGGCGCUAAAAAGCUGGAACUUCCAAACUUGCCAUUCUGUUGUACAUAAAGUUCAUGUAGUUUUUUGGUAGGUUUUUCCUAGGAAAGUAUACAAUACUGUAAUAUUUUGUUACUUGUGUACAGGUACAUCACGUACAUGUGCAUGGACGUGUUAAAUUAAUUUUGGAAGUGUUUCCAAAUCUUGCAAAAUAAGUGGUUUAAGCCAAGAUAAGGUCUCAUUCUGUCCAGACCAGUUGCCAGUUGUGUGGACUUGGUGCACAGGGAUCCUUGGUGGUGCCCAAGAGACACACGAAAGGCACUGUUAUUGUGUGCUAGGUGCCAGUGCUUUGAUACAGCGACUUUUUGUACACAUUCAGACGGAGUUAGCAGUGUGAGCCAUAUGCUAUAUAUAUGGUGUAUCCCACAAAAUGGCACCAUUUGCGCUUCCUGGGCAGAGUCCAACAAUGCUCUUGGCAUUGUUGAAGAAUGAUGACGCAUGACAUGUUAGUCUUAGAGGAAAGUCCAUCAAGAGAGAUUCAAGAAGCUUUAGGCAUAUCUCUGGAUGUGGAUUCAGAUUACCAAAUAUGGCUGCCUAAUUAUUCAUGCCUUGGAAUCAUAAUUUCAAUACCAUGUUUUCUGUGUACAUGUAUUCGUUUAUUCCGACCACAAUGUGGCAUGAAUUUGUUUGUUUUUACAUAAUUAUGUUGAACCCCAUGACAGUGUUGAUAGAAUUAUAACACCUUUUCUUUGAUUUUUCUUUGAAAUUAUUUAACACCAAAGCCCCUUCUUACCAAAGAUCAGUUGGGGUUGGAUUAAAGAUUCAAAGCUUUGUAUAUAGAGCACACAGCCCUUUAAAAGAUCUUUUCAUUUAGGGUGAACUAAUUUUUUAGUAAUAUUUAUCCUUGAAAAUUUAAUGUGUAUGGGCUAAAGGGGGAAUUGCUUUCUUCAAAGUCCUAAUUUUUCAAAGCUGGCUUUUGUUAGUCGAAAAAUCUUUCAGAUAUAUCGAUGAAAAUCCUGAAGAAAUUGCUCUUUUACACAUUUGUAAAAAUCAGGACCAGUUGGAAUGGUCAACAUCCGAGUCUUUGGCUCAUUCCUGUUUACACAGUAAAGGAAAAAAAUCAGUACAACAUAUUUUGCCCUAACUAACUGAAAGUAUUUUAGGAAUUUUAUGUAAAUGGCAACUUUGAAGAAAUAAAUGUUUUCAACAUCA